AUGGAAUACUGUGUUGCUUGCUCCACAGACCACUAUCCAAAUACUCUACAAAAUCGAUGUAUCCCCAAGACACAAAAUGUCCUCUUGCUUGCUGAACCACUGGGUAUUGCUUUCACCUCUUUGGCUCUUUCCUUUUCUAUGACCACAGCUCUGGUGCUCGGAAUCUUCCUUAAACACCACGAUACACCAAUCGUCAAAGCCAACAACCGGAGCCUCUCCUACGUUCUCCUCAUCUCCCUCCUUCUUUGCUUUCUCUCUUCUUUGCUUUUCAUCGGACACCCUAAUGAGACGACCUGCCUCCUCCAACAAGCAGCUUUUGGCAUCAUCUUCUCAGUGGCUGUUUCUUGUGUUUUGGCAAAAACCAUUAUUGUGGUGGUGGCUUUCAAGGCCUCCAAGCCAGGAAACAUUUUCCGAAAAUGGGUUGGGAAAAGGUUAGCCUGUUGUAUUGUCAUUUCCUGCUCAUUUGUUCAAGUAGGCAUUUGUGCUCUUUGGUUGGGCAUGUUCCCUCCAUUCCCAGAUGUGGACAUGCACUCAUUAACUGAAGAAAUUAUACUGAAAUGUAAUGAAGGAUCAUUGACUUUGUUUUUCUGUGUUUUGGGCUACAUGGGCCUUCUGGCCACCACCAGCUUCAUUGUGGCUUUCCUAGCCAGGAAACUACCUGACAGCUUUAAUGAAGCCAAGUUCAUCUCCUUCAGCAUGUUGAUCUUUUGCAGUGUUUGGCUGUCCUUUGUCCCAACCUACCUGAGCACCAAAGGAAAAGACAUGGUGGCCGUGGAGAUCUUCUCCAUCUUGGCCUCCAGUGCCGGGUUAUUGGGCUGUAUCUUUCUGCCCAAAUGCUAUAUUAUGAUACUGAGGCCUGAGUUGAACAGUAGAGAGCAGCUGGUAAGAAAAAAAGCACUGUGA